AUGGGAAAGAGAAGAGCUAACAGUGAAACAGAAUCUCCGAUUAAAAAGCAGAACCACAGUGUACGCUUUUUCGAGUUUUCCUUUUGAUUCUUUGUUUAUAUAGUGCAUCUUCUAUUCUAGGACGAUGAAGCCAAUGGCGUUCAUGACGAAGAAGAAGUUGAGGACAAAAUCGAUGUGACCAUACAGCCCGAUUCAAUGCUUCUUUAUUUGGAGGUCAGUUUGAAAAAAGGAGUAACGUCUACAUAAACCUUUUUUUUUAGAAGUUCGUUCCUUUUUUGAAAGAAACGAAAAAAAAGUAUUAUGUUAAACAAAUCGACAAAGCUGUUAUUGAUUGGAUAGCUUCCUGUGACGAUAUCAAAAAUCUUCCAAGCGACCCGACGUUAGUUUUUCAACGUUAACCUUACUGGCCGAAUUUUUCAGAGAGUUUGUGAAAGACUUUAAAAAGUACCUGAAGACCUCUGUACGGGUUGCCAAGCUGGAACUUCUGGACGCUUUUCAGUAAGAUUGUCUCUGUUGCUUUUCGCUACACUCAAGGUGAAUUUCAGCGUAACGAAAUCGCAUCUGGAGCGAGUGGAGUCUCUCAACAGUUUCAGCGAUUAUCCGGCUCGACCGCCAACUCUCAGGUGGCUGUACACGGAAAAGACCAACAUGUCAAAAGCUAUUCCGGAUGUUCAGGUGCGUCUUCAUCCUGAUAAUUUUCGAUAGGCUCGUCCCAGAACUGCUGAAUGGUCCAAUCAGAAAUUCGUUUUUUGAAUCAUUUUUAUCGGAAAAAUGUUUGUGUUGCGGCUAGAUUUUUUGCAUGAGCCAUAAGAGAAGCUAUAAUCUUAGGCCCUCGAAAAAGCUCUACUUCUCUUAACAGCUAGGAUUUCUCAAAACAGCCCCAUCAUUCGCAUUUCAGCACGUUCUCGAAGCCAUGAAAAACGAUACAAGCGGACUGGUUGAACAAUGCAAAGAAGAGAUUGUCGAGAUUGAGGUAUUUUCUCAGAAUCUUCCAAAAUGUAUUUUGCCUUGAAACAUCCGUGGUUUUUUCAGACAGCGAGGGUCGCAGAGCUCGAGAAUUUUCUCAAGAACCACGAGAAUCUGUCGAACGAGCAGAGAAAUCAUGUGACCAACAGUAUCAAGUCGUUACGAAAGAAGGUGAACGAUAAAACAAUUUAACGAGAGGUGAAAGGCGAAAAAUGGUUUUGUUUUUUCAAAAUUUUUGCGUAUUGAGUUGAUAAUUUGAUGAUUUCCAGUCGAUUCAAUAACUCGAUCAUUUAUUUUUUCUAGUCGUAGAUUUAAUCGAUUAGGCUGUGUAAAAGAACUUUAGAGUAAUAUCUAAGAGUCGCUUUGGCGAUCUAAAACUCCAAACGUGGCCCAAAGAGUGGAAAGCAUACCCCCAAGGUCCCUCGCCUCGUUCUUCUGCACGUGGUCUAUUCAUUUGCGUCUUGACGGACUCAGAAUGUAGCGUAUGUUGUAGAUGGAGCCCGAAGACCGUGCUCUAGGUGGAAGCCUCGAAAAGAGAGCGACCACAGAAGAGUGAAGACUUUUCAGAAAGUUCAAAGUUUUGCUUGCGCAUUUUAAAAAAAUUUAAAAAUUAAAAAAACGCUAGUUAAAAAAACUUCUUAAUUUCCCAUCUGUUCAGACAGUUAAAAAAAGGAACUUGUAAUUUUUUUAUUUUAUAAUUACUUUAUCAUACUUUCAACUUCUAUUUCAGCUUCGCGGGCCUGCGACUCCCAGGGCAAAAACAACUAAAGCUAAAUCAAAAAAGGUCGAUCUCUCUGCCAUGACUGCUUUCGAGCUGUUUUGUCAAUCGAAGGAUAAUAGCGAAAAGUAAAAAAAAAACCCCCGUCAUUUUUGAGAUUGCUCAUUUUUCAGGUACAUAGACCUUCCAGAGGAAAAACGCCUGAAAAAACUUCGAAAGAAAUACGACAAACUUUCCGACGAGGCUCGGAACGUUUACGAAGGCCUUGCACUUUGA